AUGGCAACAGCUUCUAGUGUUGAUCAUCCCAAGAUGGCGGACGAGGAGAAAAGCACGUCGCUUCUAACACCUUCUGAAGCCAAGAAACGCCGUGCACCCAAAGCUCCAGAGCUUCCAAUUGUGGAGAGGAGAAACUGGCUCAUCCACCAGCACUACAUCCGCAAAGACUAUGAAACCUGUAAGGUGAUCAUCAAAGAACAGCUGCAGGAGACUAAUGGCAUGUGUGAAUAUGCCAUAUAUGUUCAAGCAUUAAUCUUGCGUCUUGAGGGCAAGAUCCAGCAGUCCCUGGAGCUGUUUCAGAGCUGCGCCAUCCUUAAUCCCAGCAGCACUGACAAUCUCAAGCAAGUGGCCCGAUCACUAUUUCUUCUGGGAAAGCACAAAGCAGCUAUUGAGUUCUAUCGUGAAGCUGCAAGGCUCAACGAGAAAGACUGGGAGAUCAGUCAUAAUCUGGGCGUGUGCUACUUCUUCAUCAAAGACUUUAAAAAUGCUGAGGAGCACCUAAACAUAGCUCUACAAAUAAAUAAGCACGAUAAGACGUUCAUGAUGCUCGGGAAGGUUCACCUGCUGGCUGCAGAAACUGACAAGGCCAUUGAAGUGUACAAGAGAGCAGUGGAAUUCUCUCCAGAGAAUACGGAUCUCCUGACUACUCUUGGGCUGCUGUUUCUGCAGCUUGGGAAAUACCAAAAAGCUUUUGAGCACCUUGGGAAUGCCCUCACUUUUGACCCCAACAAUUAUAAGGCCAUCCUGGCUGCAGGCAGCAUGAUGCAGACCCAUGGUGACUUUGAUGUGGCCAUGAACAAGUACAGAGUUGCAGCAUGUGCUGUGCCCGAGAGCCCUCCUCUCUGGAACAACAUCGGCAUGUGCUUCUUUGGCAAAAAGAAAUACGUAGCUGCCAUCAGCUGCCUGAAGCGAGCCCACUACUUGUCUCCUUUUGACUGGAAAGUGUUGUACAACCUGGGACUGGUUCACCUGACCAUGCAGCAGUACGCCUCUGCCUUCCACUUCCUCAGUGCAGCCAUCAAUCUGAACCCACGAAUGGGGGAGCUCUACAUGUUGCUGGCAGUGGCUCUGACCAACUUGGAGGAUGUUGAGAACGCCACCAGAGCAUAUGAACAAGCUGUGACGCUGGACGAAUCGAACCCCUUGGUUAACCUGAACUUUGCAAUCUUCCUCUAUAAUCAUGGCGACAAGAAGGGAGCUCUGGAUCAAUAUCAGGAGAUGGAGAGGAAAGUCAACCUACUUCGAGACAGCAGCAGCAACUUUGAAUUUGAUUCUGAGCUGAUGGACAUGGCUCAGAAGAUGGGAGCUGCCCUGCAGGUGACAGAGAGUCUGGUGUGGACUAAACCAGGCAAAGACUCCAAAUCCAAACCAAACUCAGCAGCAUCCACCAAAACCCCCGGUGCUCCCCUCGGCACUAACCAAGCACUGGGUCAGGCCAUGUCUUCAGCUGCAAGCUACAACAAGAACAUCCAGCUACCGACAGGUGUUUCUAAAGGCCCCUCCACGGCCGCUGACUCAGAGCCUGAUGUGGACGACGCCCCCAGCCCGCCCACCGACCCUCCAGGAUCCCCAGAACCUGUAGAGUCCGACGACGCCAAACCCAGAACCUCCAAGAGGAAAUCCAAGGUGGAGGAAUGAGCUCACUCGGUGGCUUUGGUUUUACAGUACUUGACGUCUUUGUCAUCAGUCACUCUCAUUUUUUGGAGAAACAAAUUCUUUAACAAGCUACUGUGUUUGUGCGUUUCUAGCUCAUCGUAGUUAGACAUGAAGCUUUGGGUCGCAGGCUCCUGGUUUAGGUGCACAGAGAGGUCAUGUCCUACACAAGCAUUUACUUUACACUGAAAAGGGCAAGUUCACUUCUGUCACACCGUUUAUCUCAGAAACACUGAAUGUCGCUACAUCACUUUUCACUUUGAACCAAAAUUCUGAGAAAACAAAGUGGUUUUUAUUACUGGUGUGAAGACGUGGCAGGUCGGAUGCACUUCUAAAACCAAGAGACGUCCCGGUUUGAGAAGGUCUCUUUUCAGCAAAAAUGGUCAAAUGGGCAUUUGUGAAGUUGUUAAUAUCUUGAUGAGCUUAGCAAUAAAGUUCUCGUAUUGACAUUCCUAAACAAUCCAAUACAUGUGAAGGAAACACUGUGACAAUCACUGCUGGAAGGGGAAAGAGACGUUUUUGAAUAGGAUUGUUUGUACGAUAGGACCUGAGUGUAAAUAGUGACACAGGCUUUUAUAUGUGGAUAAAUGUUACAUUUAUAGAGAGUUCUGUAUUUAAUAUUAAAUAAGAGACUUUAAACGAAA